AAGGCUUGAAGGGUUUCUUUGUAUUAUAAAGUAUCGUGGUUAUUUAAUUUUCUCUUCUAUCGCUAAUUCUCUCACUCAAAUACUACACCUUCGUUGAAAACUAUGGCGGCAGCAAAAUCAUCGAUAAAGAAGAUCACGCUGGUAGCAGCCGAUGACUCUCUCUUUGAGGUAGAACCUAAUAUCGUUAAGGAGAUGAAAACAGUACAAUCUUAUAUGGAUGAAGUCGAUCAAAACAAUGUAACAAUUCCUCUGCCCAAUGUAUUCAGUGAUGAUCUCGCCAUGAUAAUCGAGUAUUGCAAGAAACACGUUUCAGAAGAAGAAACUAAAGAAGCGAAAGAGGAGUUUGAUGUUGAAUUCGUGAAAGGAUUGAAAAGCGAUGACAAAUUUCGGCUCCUUCAAGCUGCAAGUUAUCUCAACAUGGAAAGUCUUCUACAAUUUUUUGCAAAGGCUAUUGCUGAUGAAAUUGAAAACCAGAGUGUGGAAUUUGUUCGUGAAUAUUUUCACAUCGAGAAUGAUUUCACGCCGGAGGAAGAAUCUGAGAUACGCAAACAGAAUGAAUGGGCUUUUCAAAAGGAAUCGAAGGAUCAAAAGUGAUUUCUUUAUUGAAUUCUAAAAUAAGAUUAGAAAUUACCCUUUUUGUGUUGGAAAUUGGAAAUUCAAUGUUGAAUUUUUUUCAAUUA